AUGGGGUUAGAGGCUGGUCAGCCCCCAGCAGCAAAUAUGCGUAAAAUGUACUGGGAUUAUGAACUUGAGGAAAUGGCUGAGGUUUGGGCGAGGCAGUGUCAAAAGAGACACGACGAAUGUAGAAAUACAAUAAGGUUCAACGCCUUACAAAAUAUGGAUGUGCGGCCUGUAGUCCCAAGAGUGACGGAAGCGCAGUUGCUUGCGGACGCGGUAGGGGCAUGGUUUUCAGGAUCUAGAUCAUUGCCACCAGAGAAUGUUUGGUCUUUCAAAUUAAGCAACUGUAGUGCCCCCGGCGGCUGCAAUGCACAUUGGUAUACGGCCGCUGCAUGGGCGCCCACGUGGCGGCUUGGAUGUUCGCAAGCACUGUGCACCGUUAGGAAACCGUCGUGCGUUCUAUUUCGUAAAAGACGACGGACACGGCAAUUUGAACUGAACAGUGAUUCGAAUGAACCUAAACCUACUCCAACCACCACCGAGAAUAUUGUUCGUAGGACCAGAUAUAUGACGCCUUUGAAAUCUUCGCGGUUCGAAGACUUUGCAACGACUUUUAAAGAUAAUAAUAAUGAAGAAUCGCCGUUGUAUCGUGGGUUCUUGGAUAAUCUAUCUAAGAGGAAAAGAAGAGAACUGAAGAUUGUUGCAUUUACAUUUUGCAAUUAUGGACCAGCGGGCAAUAUUGAAGGUUUUCCAAUAUACGAGGCUGGUACGACGUGCGAAAAAGAAGAAACUAGAAAUGUUAUCCGCGGCAAAGAACGUGACCGUAAGAUCCAUGAAGGUGACUUGGCCAGGCAGAAACGACGAUAUUCUCGUGAUAUCCGUCAACUUCGUAAAGACAUAGCGACGAAAAGACAAGAAUUAGGUGUUGCGGUUUAUGGAGACAAGCAGUUCAUGAGAAAUGCCUUCCAAGAACAUCGGCGGUUACAAUUGACUUACAUGAACAGUCCAGCUGACAAAGUUUUGGAGAGCAUUCAUCAGGAAAACUUUAACAAGAGAAAACAACUCGAUCGCAUCAGGUACACGAAGAAAAAGAAAAUGGAGAAAUUUCGAAAAACACAGGAUUCGUCAUACUUUACGGUAGUUUUGGAAGCUUUAAAACUGGAUUGCCGAGCCCAAGGCAAAUGCCUAAUGGGUGCUACUGAAAUGGGACAGCUUGCAAUGGAAUAUUUAGAUGAUAGAAAAUUCGAGUUUAACAAGCUAGAGAAAGAAAUCAAAGCAAAUAUGAAAGAGAGGGAACGUACACUAAAGAUUGUACGCCGCGAAGUCGCUUAUUUGACAGAAUCUUUUCCUGAUCUAAUUCGUAAAGAGGAGGCAACAAAUCUUGACGAUUUAUACGAGGAGCAGGAUAAUGCAAGCCUCCACUCUGUUCACUGGGAGCUCGAAGAAGUUAUGAGUAUUUGCAAACGACUUCAACGAGGAACAUUGGUCUCUUCUUUCGAUCAAAUACUACUCAGGUUAAAGGAGCAGAGAUAUCAAUCUGACCGUCUUAUGAUGCAGUUGACACAAAAUAGCUUAAAAAGAGAUGCGUUAAUCGAAGACCGUAAACAUGCUAUCUUGAUGCUCGAUUCUUUAAAAAACGUUGGACAGGAGAGGACUGCUCAGUACGUUUUAGAGAAAGGUCAGCUGAGAGCGGCGUUAGAGGCAGAGCAACGCGAAGAAAAGAACCUCACGAAAGCUUUACAUGAAAAGGGGAAACUUAUCAUUGAAAUGAAAACUUCUCUGCAGCAAAUUAAUCAGUUGCUUUCGUCAGUUGGCGCUCCAAGCAUGCCGCGACCCGCUUCUGCUGUGCCCGCGGCUCUCCAAUACGCGCUGGACGAUGCUAUUCAACCUGUCCCCGAAUUAGAAGCUGAUCUCGACAAGCUGAUAUCAAAUGCUCGCCAAAAACUAAAUGUGCUCGUUCAGGCGAUUUCAAAAAUGGAUGUGACAGGAGACAUACGAGCCCAAGCCAAUCAAUUUUAUCAUAAUAUCCUAGCGAGGUCUAUGCGGGACAGUUAUAAAGAGGAAACAGUUGCAGAAGGAGGACUCAUAGAGUUUGAAAUCGAGGAUCCGAAUGUGCCAAGUCACGCAGUCAUCAAGCUUCGCAGCAAGCAGUUGGUUGACGCACAAGUUAGUGAAUUCGACGUAGUUGAACAGCCUUCUAAGAAA